GGAAAGUCAUUCUAGCUAACUUCCGGUGGUGCACAAACGCAUGCUUUCCGCCGCGUCUUUCUCAAACGUAAACCAUACGAAGAGACGUUGCUGUCGUCGUUAUUAAGCUGAAUUAAAGGAAUAAAUCAUGAGCAAAGCACAUCCACCAGAGCUUAAAAAGUUCAUGGACAAGAAGCUUUCAUUGAAGCUGAAUGGGGGCAGACAUGUGCAGGGUAUCCUGAGAGGGUUCGACCCCUUCAUGAACUUGGUCAUGGACGACUGCCUGGAGAUGGCACCCGGGGGACAGCAGAACGGCAUCGGCAUGGUGGUGAUCAGAGGCAACAGCAUCAUCAUGCUUGAGGCCCUGGAGAGGGUUUGAGGACGACCCAGAUGCCCCGCCCCAGACGCCCCACCUGCUGACCUGCAGCUUUACUCCUCCUCUCCCCCUCCCCCUCCUCUCCCCAUCCCCUCCUGUCCCCCUCCUCCCUUUUUCAUUCUUAGGAAGGUUGUUUAGUUAUCUGAUGGUAGUUGUUUUUUUUUUGUUUUUUUUAUAAGAAUCUUACUUUUUGAAAGCUUGGAAUUUGUGAUAUCUCUUGUGAAUAAAGUUGAAGGUUGGUUUUUC